GCUUCACUCGCCGCCUCGCGCCGGGACCGGUAGCGCCGCCGAAAGCGCCGGCAGUGGAGAGAGCGCUGCGCACGGGCUACCCAAUGCAUGGACUAUCUGCCGCCGCUGCUCGUGCAAUAUGCUGGAGCUCCAGAACAGCUAAACGGAGUCGCCACACCGCUGCCUGGGCUGGAUCGCAGCGCUGCCUUUCCUUAUGAAGAAGACACAAACUUGGAUUAUCACUUGCAUUUAUCUUCAACUGCUUCUAUUUAAUCCUCUCGUCAAGACCAAAGGGAUCUGCGGGAAUCGUGUGACUAAUAAUGUAAAAGACGUCACAAAAUUGGUGGCAAAUCUUCCAAAAGACUACAUGAUUACCCUCAAAUAUGUUCCCGGGAUGGACGUUUUGCCUAGUCAUUGUUGGAUAAGUGAGAUGGUAGUACAGUUGUCAGACAGUUUGACUGAUCUUCUGGACAAGUUUUCCAAUAUUUCGGAAGGCUUGAGUAAUUAUUCUAUCAUAGACAAGCUUGUGAGCAUAGUGGACGACCUUGUGGAGUGCGUGAAAGAAAACUCGUCUAAGAAUGUAAAGAAGUCGUCUAAGAGCCCAGAACCUAGGCUCUUUACUCCUGAAGAAUUCUUUAGAAUUUUUAAUAGAUCCAUUGAUGCCUUCAAGGACUUUAUGGUGGCAUCUGAAACUAGUGAUUGUGUAAUUUCUUCAACAUUAAGUCCUGAAAAAGAUUCCAGAGUCAGUGUCACAAAACCAUUUAUGUUACCCCCUGUUGCAGCCAGCUCCCUUAGGAAUGACAGCAGUAGCAGUAAUAGGAAGGCUCUAAAUUCCACUGGAGACUCGAGCCUACAAUGGGCGGCCACGGCAUUGCCAGCGUUCUUUUCUCUUCUAAUUGGCUUUGCUUUUGGAGCUUUAUACUGGAAGAAGAAACAGCCAAAUCUUUCGAGGGCAGUUGAAAAUAUACAGAUUAAUGAAGAGGAUAAUGAGAUAAGUAUGUUACAAGAAAAAGAGAGAGAGUUUCAAGAAGUGUAACUGUGGCUUGUAUCAAUGCUGUUACUUUCGUACAUUGGAUGGUAACAGUUCAUGUUUGCUUCAUAAAUGAAGCAGCUUUAAACAAAUUCAUAUUCUGUCUGGAGUGACAGACCACAUCUUUAUCUGUCCUUGCUACUCAUGACUUUAUGUGGAUGAUUCAGAAAUUGGAACAGAGUGACUUACUGUGAAACUGGCACUGAAUUAAUCAUCUAUAAAGAACUUGCAUGGAACAAGACUAUUUUAAGGACCUGGGGGACUUGUGGUCUCACGUAGAACUCGCAACUGAUGUUGGAGGAGAAAGCACGUGUCUCAGAGCGCACACACCUCUUGCACAGCUCCAGAAAUGUCUAGAUGCUGAAAAACAACCCAACUUUUACUCUUCACAUACAACCUGAAGUCCAUAGUUAUCUCAGUUUCUGCAAGUUGAUUUCAGCCUGGAUAGUGGGGAAGGGGGGAUAAUAAUUUUUCUCAAGGAGAUCUAGAAAAUAUUUUAAAAACUCAGUAGCAGCAGCCAUUCUGUGGCAUUGAAAGCAGUGGGAACUAAGCGAUUGGAGUUGGCAAAGUGACAGGAUUGUAGUUGCUGAUUAACAAUGCUGUCUGAACUUGAUCUCUUCCUGAUGUAAACCAUGCUCACCCAUGUCCUGCCAGACAAAUGGACAUGGCUGCCCGGUUCUAUCCAUGCGGGGGAGCCAGUACUGAGUUAUGCCUUGGCACAGGGGAGACUCUCCAAAAAGAGUCAUGGCGGGAAGACGCUAUGAACGCUGACCAGCAGGACAGUGUGCUGAGGAGAACAUUUGGCACCCCUGGGAAGGUAUCCCUGUGCCUCGACCCCUAUAGAGUGUAUAAGUCAUGUUUGCAAAAUAUGUUAUGACAUGUUUAUAUUCUAAAACUAUUGCAGAGCUCUGUAAAGGGACUUAGGAGAAAAUGCUAAAUGUAAGAUGGUCCCAUUUUCAAUUUCCACCAUGGGAGAGAAUAAAAAUAAAUUAUGAUAUUUAGUAUCUAAGGUUAGAAAACCACACCCACAAGCUAAUAAGGGUGUUGAAAAAAACUAGGUUACUUGGCUUUUUUACAAGAACACAAGGAAUCAGGAAACUUUAGUUAUUUAUAGUAUAAUCACCAUUAUCCAUUUAAAAGAACCGUUUAUUUAAAAUCAGGCACUCUAUAUUAUUAAGGUUUGUGAAUUAAAAAUAAAAAGAAAGCUUUAUGUAGUUAUGCAUGUCAGUCUGCUGUUUAAAAUGUGUGACAGCAUUUGUCAUAUUAAGAGUAAAUUUGGCAGGAAUUCCUAAGAUGGACAUUGUACUUUUAAACUAGAUCUUAUAAGACGUUAUGUGAAUAUCCCUUGCCAUUUUUUUAAUAGUGAAGGGAACAUCUGACUAACGAAUGACUUUUUAUGGUUUGAUUUGAAGGUUCUUCUAACACAUAACAUGUCAGUGAUGUACACCUAAAGGAAGUCACAGCUUUCCAUUCUAACUUAAUCUUUGUGAUAAUACCCUUGCCAUUGGCUACAACCACAGAUGACCAUUUUCAAUGAACUGAUACAAAAGGGCAUGAAAAACCGACUGCUAGCUUUCCUUUAAUUUCAAAAGUCCAAGAAUUUCUAGAGUAUUUGGAUUUUAACUUAUGUUGAAGAUAAUCCAAACCAACUCCAGCAAGUGGCCUUUAUUCUUUUUUUGUACCAAAGAGCCCAGAUAACGUGCUGUGGUUCCUUAAACACUAGUCAUCUCUCUAAGAUACGACCCAGGUGCUUUGGGAAGCUGCAUUAAUUUGUUCAGUCCCUCUGAUAUCCCAUGGUACAAUUGAUUAGUAAUAAAAUCACAGACCUGUUUAAUUGCUGAAAGGGCCUGUCUCAGUAUACAGCAUUGACUGUUUUGAAAUAAACAGACAUAGAUUAAUUUGAGGGAUGUAUGCAGGUCAUGUGUAAAUUGAGAAGACAAAUAACUUCUCAGUCUGAUGGUUGGAUUAUUUAACCAAUGGUUUCAAAUUACUUGGGCCUAUGAAAAUGCUGUUUAUUGUGCUUGGGAGUACAAUAAAUGUACUUUUUUCUCAAAGUUUGUCCAUGGAGUUAAACAAAUGCAUCAAGUUACAAAAUCUGACAUGAUAAGGGAGGGGAUAUAUGUCCUGCCUAUUAAAUGUAUUGGUUCAUUGAGAGUUACAUGGAUUGCCAAUUUUUAAAACUCUAAAAUUCAAUAAAGUGCAUGAAUAAUAGAAAAAUGCUGAACAUUACUUUGGAUGCUAGCUGCUUGGACAUUAACUGUGUCAUAUAUGCUAUGAAAUUGAGAAUAGGUAUAUAUAUAUACAUAUAUAUCUUUGCUAAUUUUAUCCCAGAUGUGUUCUAAAUAUCCUUCUUCAUAAAUUAUGGAAAACUUGAAGCCAAGGUAGUAAACCACAAAAUCUCCUUUUCAGUGGGUUCUCUCUUCUAAUGUUUCAAAAUCACCUUUUAAAAUGAUCUCAGAAAUCUGGAAAUUCUAAAUUACACUGAAAGCUUUACAUCUCUUUGGUAGAAACCAAGUCUAUAAAUAAAUUGACUCUAUAGUAAAUGGUGCCUGCCUGGUGAUAUCGAUUCCUGGAUAUUGUAUCAUAAUCUAACGUGCUCCCCACACUGCCACAUUUUAAUGAGUCGAAGGCAAAUGGACCUUUUGCAGUAUGAUACUAGAACAAGUAACGUAUCCUCUUAAAAAGGAUUACAGGUGUGAAAAAAGUAACAAUAUAUGAAAAAGUAUGUGUACAUAAUGAAAUAUUUCCUUUUAGUAAGAAUUAAGUAUAUUUCAUUGAGCAUUAAAGUAUGUUGAAGAAGCUUUCGUGGCACAUUUGAGUACUCUAAUGCAACUGAAGUUAUAAGUGAACAGAAAAAUCCAUUCAGAAAUCAUAGGUUUUUAAAAAUUUUUUCUGCCACUAGGUUUUGGUUUCAAAAUUUGAUUCCAAUAUGGGGAUUUUAGCCAUUCCAAAUUGAUUCUCCUUUAAGAAAUAUAUAUUUCACAAAGGCAUUUUGACAUAGUGGGAUGAAUGUUGGGAAAGAUUAUCGGGAAUCUCUUCUACUCUGUCACUAACUGAUGUGGUAAAUCACUUCCCCUCUUUGGAUCUCAACUUUUUAUUUAUCUGUAUGGUAAACUCAGAAGGCACUCCUUAGGGGUGAGCCCUAUUUCUGUAUGACUGUCCAAGACAAUGGAGCUGAAACUAUCCCAUGCAAAAUAUGCAAACUGAUCUCUGUGAAUAAGCAUCUUUACCAUAAAAAAAGUUGUUGAUGUUCUCGUUUCUAAUGUAAAUAGGGUCCCUUAGUAAAAGUGAAGUUCAAUCUCAAGUAAGUUAAAUUGGAUAACCAUUUACACAAAAGAUGGCUUUUUUCUUUUCUUAAAUAAACAUUUUGGAUCACCUCUGAAGAAUGAAAACCAAUAGUACCUUUUUAGUCAUUUUAACCAAGAAAAUAUAAGAUGUGUGUAACAUUUGGAAAUGUACCAAAUGAAGCAUUUAAAUGUUCUUAUUUUAUUGAAAGGUAAGAGUAGAAAAAGUAAGAUAUUCAUAAAGUUUUUGAAUGCCAAAUGAUAUAUUAGAACCAAUUUGUAAAAGGGUAAUCCGUAUAUUACAUUUUAAAAUUGGAAAAUGGGAUAAGAAUUUUAAAGUAAGCCAGCUUAUCCUUGAAAUUAUUUCAAAAUUGGCUUUAAAGUAUAACCAUUCAGACUGAAUUCUAAUUAGUUCGUUUGUGGAGUUUGAUGACACCGUUCACCAUAUUGCUCCUUUCCAUGAACUAGUCUUGAUAUGCCUUUGUAAAGAUAAAAUAAUGAUUUCAUAUCAUCAUAAAGUAUUGUUUUAGAAAUAAUCCAUGUUCAUAUGGGUAUUUAUUAUCCUAAAAUGUUUGCUAAGCAUUAUAAUUUUAUUUAUAAAUGCCAUCUCCAACUACAUCCUUAUAAUGUCUUUUUAAAUAAAAUUAAGGUAAUUAUUUAUACUAAAAACCAUGGUAUUUCUAAAUACUUGAUUUCUGAGUUACAAGACUCACGAACUAUGAUUUUUCAAUCAAAAUACCUUAUUCUCCUAUAUUCUAAGGAUUAGUUUGUGAUGAUACUGUCCACUUGUCACCAUUUUUUUUAAAUCAAUGGACUUGAAAAGUGUUCAUUUAGAUGAAUGCCCAGUAUAUAGCCCUAGUUCAGUCAUAGAUUGGAGUUUGCAUAUUGUAAUGUAAAUGUACGUCAACGCUAUCCUACAUAGUUUUAUUAUGACUGAAGUUUAAUUAAAUAAAAAGUUUGUAAAAUGUGAUGCGUAUGUGUAUAUACUGUAUGUGUACUUUUUAAAAUAGGUAUAUGUCCUGACCCCUUUUUUAUACAGGUUUGAAUUUGAAAUUACGUUAUAUAUACAUAUACUUUAUUGUUCUAAAUAAAGAAUUUUAUGCACUCUCAUACUUUUGCCCUGUCAUUUGAUAUCUUAAGGUUGUCACAUGUGUUCACAAUGUGAUUAAAC